CAAAUAGAGUCGGUGAAUGCAAGCUACCAGGACUCCAUAAAUUACUGGAGUGAUCUUGAUGCUAACUCAACGAUGUUUUAUAAAGAGGUAUCCGAUCUAAUGACAACUUCUAACGACCAGGGCAUCAUGACGGCAUUAAGCCAGGGCUCCAGCUUCAAUGAGUUAACGAUGUCGGUGGUGAAGCAGAUAGAAUGGGACUACAUGCCUCAUCAGUACGACAUCGACAACCACCUUUCUGAUCAGGAUCUUAUCAUUAGCGGCAUCACCGAAACGUACAAUAAUGCAACUGUCGUGGUAGCGGACCUGAAUAACCAAGUCACUCAGUUCCAGAAUGACCUUGUGACAACCGUCCAAUCCAAGGCUGAUCAGAUCGAAGCUUUAUACAAAGAGACAUCUAUCACCCGGCUGAGCAUUGAAGCCAGGCUUGAUGCUAUUGCAGCCAAGCUAGCAAAGAUCGAAAACCUCGUAGACAAAUUCGAACAGCCCGUAAAAUUCUUCGGAAAUGAUUCCAUUAGCCAUGCUGCAGAAGAACCGACCAAUAACACGGUUUAUAACGACUUAGAGCUUGACUUUCAAACCAGUAAUGGAACUUCUGGUUUAUUGUUUCACACCCGGGAGGAAGCUUCCAAUUCCUCUCUGUCGCUGUACAUGCAAGGAGGAAGCCUUAUUUUUGAAUUCAACAUUGACGGCGCGGUGGAGACAGUCAGGAGUAUGGUAGAUGUUUGUGACGGCUGUUGGUUCAGAGUUCAUGCCAACAGGUAUGGAAAUACAGGCCAGUUAACAGUUACCAGGUUGUCGACAGGUGGCACUACGAGUUCAUUCAGCUCCACACCCCUUGAUAUCAAUAUCUACCUUGCUCUUCCUGGACCAUUCUACGUCGGAGGGUUACCAAACGGAGUGGACCCUCACAUGAACAGAGGAUAUUUCGAGGGAUGUGUCUAUAACGUGAUAUUCGAUGGUGUCCAGGUUCCAAUCUGGAAGGCGCGGACCUUAGCAGGAGAGACCGCGUGCUGCUCCAAACCCGUGGAGACUGACACCAGCACCUCCACCAGUGGUGUAACCAUGAACGGCUUCGGCUACGUGGAAUUGAAACAAAACGAUCUUAACUUCGCCGAGACUUCGGGCGUUUCAGUCCAUUUCCGAACCUAUGACACAGAUGCUGUUAUCCUUGCUGUUGACGCUGAAAAAACUGAUGAAUAUUAUGGUAUUUUCUUGAAACAAGGCCAGCUUGUAUUUGAAUACGGAUCAGAUGCUUCCAACAUUUAUGUUAAAACGUCCAAUACUUAUAACGAUGGUGGUUGGCACCAAGUUGUGACCUAUCACAACAGCACCGAGGCGAUGAUAUCAGUACUGAGUCUAAACGACACGGGCUACCAUCUACAGGAGACAGUUAAGUCGAUCUUGGUGACCAGCACCGCGCCCAUGACAUCUCUCGCAUUCGCGAAUGUUUAUCUCGGCGGCGUUGCUCCAGAUUUCAAAGCCAGUUGGUUGCCAGUGGAUCCCUCUUUUGCUGGUUGUCUGAAAGAACUCCAACAUUCCAAGGGGAGCGACCCUCUCUUGUACAUCCGCAACAUUACUGACAGUCUUAUUCAGCAGGAGGGUGUAGACUUGAAAGGAUGCAUCGAUGAAAUUAUUCCUGGUCUCUCCUUCGCAUCUGACACUGCGUACGCUUGGAUAGGUCUGCUACCAGCCACCACGGUCACCUUCAACACAAUACAGUUCCAACUGUAUACAGAGCAACAUGACGGGAUUUUGGUAUAUGUCCAAUCGGCGACUGACCCAACCAUGCACCUUUAUGUAAGUGUAUACGGCGGUAUCGUCUUCAUGAAGAUCGGGGAUGCUGCGCCCAUUUUGACUACAGAUAUGUUCGUCAGCAACGGGCAACAACAGGAUAUUACUAUUGACAUAUCCACAAGCAGCCCCAAGUUGAUCGUGAACGGACAGACAUUUACCAGUCCAGGGACCGUCUCGACAGGUCUAGUUGCCAGCUCCUUCUAUGUUGGAGGCGUACCGAACUCUGUGGUCCUGGACCAUGAUCUGCCGGUACAGGCGUCUCUCCAGGGAGGAAUUGACCAACUAUAUAUCAAUAACAAUCUUCUUGAUUUCUUCCGGGUAUCAAUCAUCCUAGCACAAUCUGGUGCCUCCCUCGCCGGCCUUCCCCUCCCGCCGGACACGCUGCCCUUGCCACCUUUCACGACCACGACCUCCAUACCGACCAGUCCCGCGCCGUCCUGCGCCGUGACUCCAUCAUAUGGCAGCGUGACCGAAGGAGUCCGAUUCGGUGACCAGGAUGUGUCGUACUUGGCGUUCAAUCUCGGUUCAACAUCAAAUCUUUUCACUACCAGCUUUGUCCUGGUGACCGAGUUCCGGGCCCUGGACCCGAAUGGCCUCAUUUACUACGCUGCCAGUAGUGAGAACGAUCCCAGUAGCUGGUUAGCGCUCUACCUUCAGGAUGGCUACCUGACAUUCAGCAUGCAAACCGAUACCAAAGAUUUUAGGACCAAAGGUGUUCAACUGAGCAAGAAAUACGAUGAUGGAAAUUGGUGGGAGUCGACAGUUCUAAGGAUCAACGACUUCGUGGCCUUGAUCGUCACUUCCAGAUCCGAUUACAAAAACAACGAAGUUCCGUCCACGCAGUUCUCAAACCUGAAUGUUAACACUGAUCUAUUCAUUGGAGGUGUGACGCCGAAUAUCACUGGAUAUCCAUUUAACGGGACGAUACCUGUUGGAAAACUUCCAUUCUCAGGCUGUCUCCGCAAGAUGGAACUAAACAGCCACACACAACCAAAUCCGAUCAUAUUUGACCUAUCAGCACCAAGUUAUUCUCAAGGCACAGGACAAUGCUACGCCAACGUCGUACCAGGGGUGUACUUUGCAGGGUCAGGAUAUGCACAUAUAAGUAAUAAUUUCACUGUGGGAAAUUCACUGGAGGUGGAUUUCACUCUAAAGCCAACGGAAAACACCGGUAUCUUAAUGACACUUGUAACGUCCACUGACCACUAUGCUGUGCUGCAGCUCAAUGAUGGGCAGGUUGAGUUGUUGCUUCCAAACGCAUCCAAUACCAGUUCACCAGUCAUCCUCUCUACCUUUCUUCUGUUGAAACCCCACGAUAUCUGUGAUGGCAGCGAGCAUACCCUGUCAGCGCAUGUCAACACCAGCCAUGUCGUCAUCCGUGUAGAUGGUGUCCGACACGUUGCAGCUGUGCCGCCGGAGUCAACAGCCUGGGUCAUGACUCUCGAUGGCGGAAAUCUCUACCUUGCAGGGAAACCGGGUGGUGUAACGAAUCAUUCUGCAGGAAUGGUGACGAACAACUUCUCUGGUUGUGUGACAUCCAUGGCAGUGAAUGGUGACGUGAAGAAUCCCCGCGAGGUUGCUGAACUGACUGGCGCUAUGAUUGGUUGUCCAUCGGGAUAGGAAGGAGUUCUAGAGUGCCAAAGAUGUCACAAACUGUAUAGUCCAUAACUUUCCUCCAGCAGCUUUUAGCUUCCUGUUGAAGUGGCUGUCACAAUCGCUCAGUAUUCCUCCUUAAUUACGUGGAAUGAUACGUGUUAAUUACUUCAGAUAAUUGGGUUUAAAUCAGUUUGAGUUUGCUUGAUUGAGGAAAGUUUGCAGAACGAAUAGAAGGAAGCAAACUACCAAGAUCAAAUUUUGAUAUCUUUUGUACAUCUGUUAGGACAAAACUAAAACAUGUUGCAUAAUUCCGGUAUAGCUCACCAUGAUUGUACCUGGAUGCUGGAUUCUCUCCAUUCUAGAAUAUAUAGAAAACGUAUGAUAUAGAUGUUUAGGCCAAUGCUUGAUAAGACCAGAAGAAUCAGUUUGCCAUAAUGCAACCAAUAGGCCUUCCUCACAGCAAGGGGGUUUGACCUAACAGCCCCUGCAAUUUACAAUCACAUAUGGGGUGCCGAGAUUCCAUCGACUGUGUACGUAUUCAGCAAUCAGACUGUAAGACUA